CGUAAAAGUGUGCGUGCUAUAGCGCUUAUCCAAACUCAUCGUUUGCUUUUACACACAACACACCAACAGGUCGUGAAUUUUGUUCGCAGUGGAGCUUCCGGACACGUUAUUUUACUCUUUUACUGAGUUAUAUAAUUAACAUACGAUUGGUGUUUUGGCAUUGAAUUCCCUGCUCGAGCAUCUUGGUACCGUUAGGGAAGCGUCCCUACUGUAGUAAGCCCAAAGGCACACCUAGCUAUGCCUGGUAAGAAGCUUAAAUCAUCUAAAGCAGCUUUGGAGGUUGCAGCCGCGCCGCCAGCAGACAGCGACAGCGAUUCGGACGCCCCUGAGGAGUUCACCCAAGCCCAGGCGCGCGAGCAAGCCCUUCAGCAGAGGAAAGAUGAAAGGCAACUAAAGGCAGAGCUUCGGCGGCAACAGCAGCAGCGACGCCAAAAGCAGCAACAAGUCGCCGCCGCAUCCAAAGGCGUCAGCCGCGACGCUGCUGAGGACAAUGAAGGGCCGGAUGAGGAUGACGAGGAACUAGGCCCAGCCUCAUCGGAUGGCGACGAUGACGAUGACGCUGCAGAGCCUAAUGCUGCGGCUGACCAUGAGGACCUGCUGCCUGAGUCGGUGCUCCAAGCGGUAGCUGCGCAGGAGGAGCAGGCGGCGCAAGCCGAGGCUGAGGCUGCUGUGGAGGCCGCAGCCAGCCGAAGAGCGCAACGGCGUGCUGCCAAGCGGCAGCGCGUGCAGGCCGUGAAGGAGGGUGUAGUCAAGGUGCAGGUGCUGCCAAAGCUGCAGGCGGAGGCAGCUCGGGUCAACUUCCUCAAGGAGGCCCUGUACGGCGACCGCAUCAAGCGCUCGCUGGACAUGCUCAGCAGCGUCCCGGCCAAGAACCGGCCGGCUGUCAAGUUCGUGUAGCGGCCCCUCGCUGUUGCAGAUGGCAUGCAAGGAGGUUUACGGCAGGGUUGGUGCGGGUUGAUGGCGUAUUGGAUGUAGGACCGAGCUGGGUUGUAGACGACAUGUUACGUGUGAAGUUUGCUUUGACAGCAACAAUGGCAACAGCUACAGCCUCACCAGUACCUUGGGGAGGAACGGCGUGCCGGUCUUGCAUGGCAACCACACGCCUGGCGCCCCUCCGCAGCACCGGUAACCGCGCGAACUGACUGCUGGUGCUUGCCACCCGGUAAGGAGCCAGCAGUGCCAGCCGGGGCACACAAAGCAGCAUGAGCAACAGCAGCGGCGGCAGCGGCAGCACAAUACGUGAGCCUCCAUUGUGGGAUGGGUCCUAAGGGUGCAAGCUACCGCAGCCAGCCCUAGCCACGCACGGCUCAUAGCCACGCACGCCCGUAGGCUGCGCGGUCGUCACCAGCCUGCAGCCGUGCGGGCGCUGUGCUUGGCGGCUGUGUUGGUGACAUGCGGAAGUGAUGGGCUUAGGGGCGAAGUCGUGUGGCGUGUUUUCGUGUCGGUGGUUUCUCCGUUGCUCCAUUGAUGUUGUACCUACACCCAACACGUGGGGGAUCUGGGUUGCGAGGAGGGGCGUUUGAAUGGUACCUGGUGGCUAGCUGGGUAAGGCGUACAGUCAUGGACGUCGUGUGUAACAUGAACACUUGCGCGCCUUGCUAUUAGUAUUGACAUGCAUGUACGGCCGUGUGAUGGCAGUUGCUGGCAGGAGUGCAUGGUUACGGCACAUGGUGCUGCAUAGGGCCCUUCUACCGCGUCCUAUCAACCACCGGCCCUAAAAGCUAAUGCGAACUAAUAGGAUCGCAAGAGGUGCAGACAUGAGUACGGCAGUUUAAGGGGUAGCGAACGGAGUGCUGGUAUGCUCAGGUGCAGUGUUCUAUCGCGGUAACAAGCGAAGAUCAAUUUGCGACGCUGUUUGCGGAGUGCAGGCCCAACUCUCGUGGUGAGAGUGUUGCGCUGGAUUGGCGCUGUAAGGGAGCCUGGGCGAAUGGCGGUUUGCCGACUGGCGUGGAAGUGGGAGGGACUGUGUCACGUGUUGCAUGUGCAUUGAACCUAUGCCUGUUUCGUAUGCCAGGUGCAGCAAGGCAGCUUGUAAAACAACUGAAGCGAC